GGGCCAGACAAAUAGCCCCGAGGACCGCGUUUCGGUAUUUGGCUAUGGAGACCUGGGAUUGCCGCUACCAGUUUCGGAUCGCGCUGCUUGGAGAGGCAGCGGUGGGCAAGACGUCGCUGCUGCGACGUUACGUGGCGGGGGCGCCUGGGCUGGAGACCGAGUCCGAGCCGGAGCCCACCGUGGGCGUCGAGUUCUACAGCCGCGCGCUGCAGCUGACUGACGGGCCGAGGGUCAAGCUGCAGCUGUGGGACACCGCGGGACAGGAGCGCUUCAGGUGCAUCACCAGGUCCUUCUACAGGAAUGUGGUGGGAGUUCUGCUGGUCUUUGAUGUGACAAACAGGAAGUCCUUUGAACACAUCCCAGACUGGCACCAGGAGGUCAUGUCCACUCAGGGGCCCAACAAGGUGAUCUUCCUGCUGGUUGGCCACAAGAGUGACCUGCAAAGCACUCGUUGUGUCUCUACCCAAGAGGCAGAGGAGCUGGCUGCCUCCCUGGGUAUGGCCUUUGUGGAAACUUCAGUCAAAAACAACUGCAGUGUGGCUCUGGCCUUUGAUGUCCUUACCACUGCUAUCCAGCAAGCCCUGCAGCAGGGGGACAUCAAACUGGAGGAGGACUGGGGGGGUGUCCGGCUCAUUCACAGGGCCCAAAUCCCUAGGUCCUCUAGCAGGAAACAGCACCCAGGCUCAUGCCAGUGUUGACUUGGGAAAGAAGGUGUUAAAGUAGAGCAGACUUCAGAUUCCCUGGUGGGACAGAGUGUUAGUAUCUUUGGAGGGCAAAUGAGGAGGGUUAAUUUCAAUGGAAUCUUUUUUGUUGUUGUUGUUGUUACCAAGGAUUGAACACAGGGGUGUAUGGCCUCUGAGCCACAUUUCCAGCCCUAUUUUGUAUUUUAUUUGGAGACAGGGUCUCACUGAAUUGUUCAGUGGCUUGCUUUUGCUGAGGCUGGCUUUGAACUCGCAAUCUGAUCCUCUUGCCUUAGCCUCCCAAGCCACUGGGAUCACGGCGGUUCGCCACCAUGCCUGGCUUCAACAGAAUCUUAACAAGGUCAUGCCUCCUGUAUUUUGGGGGUUUAGCUCAACCCCUUUCUAGAUUAAGGUUAAACCAAUUAUGCAAUGUCCUUUCCUUAAGUCUCAGUUUCCUCAUCUGUCAAUAAGGCUUAUAAGAGAUGACCAUGAAAGAAAUUAUAGGUGUGCUCACUCAGAGUCUGCCAUUCUGAGAACUGAAUGACAAAAGCUGUCAUCCCCUCCAGUAUCUUUCUUGGCUUAGGCUGUUUCUGGAAGCAUUCCUGGGCUUAGCGUCUGGACGCUGCUGCUCUGGCAAUGAGUGUGGGGAAUUCCAGUACAAGACUGGCUUUUAGAGCCUCCUUAGGUCCUCAGGCCAGAAAGAGUUUGGGCAUGGAAUCAGAUGUGGCCUCAAUCUAGGGUUGCUGCCCAGUGUUCCCACAAGCCCAGGGUCUAAAUGAGUGUGGGAGGCAGGGCUGAACAUGAAUGUGUAGCAAGCAUGCUGAGCACACAGUGGACACUACAAUGAGCCACCAAGGGCAGAGGGAUCUAUGCUCCCACCUACCACCCUACUCCUGCUGCUGGGAAUACUUCGAGGUGACAGACAUGAUUUGAAAUACUCUCUGGGAACUGUCCACCCCUAAAGGGCAGUCCAUAUCCAAUUUCCACCUAUGGGUGGGAGGAUAAAGGCCUUGCCCUCUCUUCCCAACUCUGAAGAUCAAACCCAGAUUCAUCCCUCUCUAUCUAAAGACUUCAUUGAGAACCUUAUUGUGACAAUAUCACAGCCAAGUUCUCCCUCCUUCCCUUCCUUCCCCAACCAGGUAGGGACUUGAAGAAUGCCCCAUAAUAAAUGUCUGCCUUCUGAAGAAUUUAA